CUGGGUUGGGAGGCGUUGGGAGCACGCAGGCGCAGCUGGUGAUUCGCAGAGCUGGGAGUAGCGGCCCCUGGGAGUCAUCAUCCAGGGACCUCCCAGAGACCACAAGAAAACAUGGGGAGGAUUUUCCUCACAGGAGGAAAAGCAAAUUCGGUUCUAAAACGCUACCCAAGAGCUAAUGGACUUUUUGAAGAAAUAAGACAGGGAAAUAUUGAGCGUGAAUGCAAAGAAGAAUUCUGCACAUUUGAAGAAGCAAGAGAAGCGUUUGAAAAUAAUGAAAAAACUAAAGAGUUUUGGAACACCUAUACAAAAGCGCAACAAGGUGAAAGUAGCAGAGGAAGUGACUGGUUUCAAUUUUACCUCACCUUUCCAUUAAUCUUUGGCCUUUUUAUUAUCCUCCUUGUCAUUUUCCUAAUCUGGAGAUGCUUCCUAAAAAACAAAACUCGCAGACAGACAGUGACUGAAGAUCACAUCCCUUUCCCUCAGCACCUUAAUAUUAUCACUCCACCUCCCCCACCAGAUGAAGUGUUUGAUAGCAGUGGAAUUUCACCAGGCUUUCUGGAAUAUGUAGUUGGGCGCUCAGAUUCUGUCUCCACUCACCUGUCCAACUGCGAUCCUCCACCAACCUAUGAGGAAGCCACGGGACAGAUGAACCUUCAGAGGGUUGAAACAGAAGCUCAUUUAGGACCCCCCCCGGAGUAUGAGGACAUCAUCAAUUCCAACUCAUCCUGUGCCAUUGCUAUGGUGCCUGUGGUCACCACCAUCAAAUGAAACAGCAAACUUAUUUUUACUAUAAUCAUUUUUAGAAUACUAAUAAAACAACUGUCUACCACUUUACCACUACAUAAGUAUGCAUUGACUUAUUUUAUUGGACUCUGACAGUAUAUCACUUCACAUUUUCUGAUUUGAUUUUAAUUAGUUUUGGUUCCUACUAUAAAAUCAUUAUACAUGCUCAUUUUAGGUAAUAGGAAUAUAUGAAGAGGGGAAAACAGUGGUCUUUAUGUGAUAUGAUGAGUUAUACAUAUGUGUGUAUGUGUAUUCAUGCAUAUAUACAUAUAUGCAUAUAUACCAGUGUGUACAUCAGCCCAACAUAUGUGCAAUGUGUUAAAUAGCCAUUAACUUCUGUCUAAAUCACCUGUAAAUUACUCACUAAAAAUGGGGGAGGGGGGAGACUGUCAAGUUGUGAAAUAGAUAGUGAAAUGCAGUUCAAUUUUGAAAAUAAGAUGAACUUAGUAUGUUCUCUGUUUCUUACUGGCUUUUGUUAAACUUUUUCUUCAACUACCUUAGUAGAAGAAAAUGCAUGUAGUCCAUCUUGAUUUUCAGAACAUCCCAGGAAGAUAAAUGGAAGGGACAGUAAAUAAUAACUUGCUUAUAGUGUAUAGCAAGAAAAUUAUUGGUAAAUAGUAGAAUUUGGCUAAUUUUAUAGGAGGGAAUUUUGUUGUUGUUGACUGUCCCACCUCCCAAUUAAACAGUGUUUGCUUACUAGUUUUGAAUGUCUCAUGCUAUUUGUAUUAACAUCUUGGUAGAGGGGAUUUCCUGCAAACAGAAUAAUUUCUAAAGUACAAAUAUGUAUUAAUGACAGUGAAUAAAGAUUUCUCCAUUGCUCUUUGGUGACAACAAUUAUUUUCUUCUCACUGUUUCAUUGCUUUUUACUCUACUUUCUACUCUUCCUACCACCAUAGAAUCAUCAAGUACCUAAGAAUUUAGUUAAAAUAAAAUUCUUAAAAUUAUUUUCUUAAUGCUUUUUUAUAAACUGAAGUCUCUGUGUCAAGAUGAUUGAAGCAAUUUCCCAUUAAAUUGAGAAUUGUAAUUUUUAUAUUGUUCUCUAGUUGGUGGAGGAAUAUUGCAAAGUCAGUUGUGCCAGAUGCACAAUAAAUCUAGUUAUAAUAGCUUAACAAAGAUCUUGUUCUUGUUAUUUCAUUUUGGGUUUUUUUCAUCAGUUUUUUUUUUUUACUUCAUGAUUUUUACUUUUCCUUUGGAUCCGAGUGAACAGCUAUGAAUGAACUGCCAAUAUAAACUAGCUCAGAAAGAAAAGUACUACAGUGUUUUUUAUACAAAGUUCCAUAAUUUAUGUCACUAGUGGGAAAUUCAUUUUAUUAGUCAGAAAGAUGUCUCUGCCACUCCCAGGCUUCCUUGGUCGUGGGUAAAAUAGUGGAUGAAGCAAUGGAAUGCAGGUUUAGUAAGUAUCAUACACUGCUGCCUCCAUCUCCAUCCCCACUGACCCCUCCCUCAAUCUUGCCCUGAAACCAAAGGAAGAGGAAAUGCUUAGGAGAAUCCUGAACCAGGAGUCAGAUGACAUGAAUUGUAAUCCCUCUCUGUAAUAUACUUGCCAUGGUACCUCAGGAAAGUCCCAUAUCUGGCCCUCAAAUUCCUUAACUCUGAAAUGGCAGUAAAAUCAUUUGCCCUGUCCUCCAGUUACAUUAAAGGACCUAAUGAUAUGGUGUGUAUGAAAGCAAUUUGUAAGAUAUGAAGAGGUCAUAGCAUUGUUAUUAUUGUCCUUAAGAGAGAAUUUUCUCCCCAUCCCCCUAAAAUUUUUCUGAGUUUUUACAUAAUGAGAAAUAAAAUAUUAUAGGCUGCCCCAUAAAUGGAUGACAUGUUCCUGACCUGAGCGUGAAGGCUAUUAGUUAAACUGUCAUUCUCUGGUCUAUAUCAAGGCUGUGCCAACUUAAAGAGACAGCCAGUUUAACACAAACAGGAUUAAGCAAAUGUUAGAAAGAGAAAUAGAACAAGUGUGCUUAGUUAAUAGGUUUUGUAACUUUCAUGGGCUAAAAAUGAAUAAAUCUUCUCCCUGGUCUCAGCAGAAAUGACAAUACUGUUUUGAAUUUAGCCAUGGUGAUCUUUGGCUUCUAGUUAAAGCUUAAAGUUGAAGUGUUUAAUACUGUGACUUGUGUGUGUAUUUUGGUUUAUUCUACAAUGAAAAUUAAGGCUCCUUUUGUAUAGAUUUUUAUGUCAUUAAUAUCAGACCUUAGAUUAAACAGCAGUUUUCAAAAGUGCAGCCCAUGAGUUCUGGGGUGUCCUUGAGACCCUUUUAGGGAAUAAGUGAGAUCAAAACUAUUAUAAUAUUACAAAGCUAUUAUUUAUCUUUUUAUUCUAACCCUCAAAAUAGUUAAAAUAUAAAACAAUGCCAUCUUCCCUCAGAUCUUAUUUCUAUUUUAGAAAAUAUGGCUAUUUUAUUUAAAACGUUAUUUAUGUUAGCACGUAGUGGACUUUUUAAUUUUUUAAUAAAUAAAUACUUUUUAAAUUUGUACACAUCCUAAUAUGGUAAAUAUGGAUAGAUGUCAACUCCAUAAACAAAAGCUCUUUGGCGCCCAGAUCCCCAAUAAAAUUAAGAAUAUAAGGAGAUCUGGAGAGCAAAAGUUUCAGAAUUACAAGAUUAUACAAAGGAUCAGAAUGUUCUGUUACUAAGUAUAUAUUCUUUUUUUUUUUAAAAUAUUUUUGCAACUUUAUUUUACAUUUCAAACACCUGAUACUGGACUUAAUGUUACCUUUUAGUGAUACCUGAACUGCAGUGUUGAUCCUUGAAACAAAAUCCAAAUGCUUAAACUGAUCAAUGGCCACAGCUUUUCAGACUAUUGGUUAAAGAAAGCAUUCCUACUCCAUAGUGAUAAGUGGCAUCAGUAACAGGUCUCCCUCCUGGCAGCAUUGGCAUCAUGAUGACAGGAUAAACAAAAUACCACUUUCUUCAAGAAGCAUUCUCUUAGGUUUGUUUGGUUAGUUUGGUUUGAAUUUGUUUGUUUGGGUUUUACAAUUUUAAAAACCCUUUUGCUAUGCCACCUGGUUUUAUAAACUGAGUUUCUUAAUAUGUUUUAUAAUUGAAGGGGCUUGUCUGGAAUAAAUAUAUUUUUAUGCUUUUGCCUUUCUUACCUGACAGAUACUACAUUCACCUUUGAUCAUUUUUAAUAAAGAUUUAGUUUUUCAGAUA